AUGAAAUUCAUCACUACUUCUGACACUUUCCUCGUCCAGAACCAACCCCGUAGUCAAGUCAAGCAGGCUGUGCGGAAAUUUGCGAAAGGCGUCACCAAGAAACUUUCUAAACGCUUCAAGUGUUCCCGUAACCGUAUUCCUGCGAUCCAAAAUGUCGAAUUUCAAGAUGCAUUGUCGAAUCAGAAUAUCAGGGUCAACCAAGGCACAUCCGGAGAACCUGCUUCGAAGGUUCUCGACAUCCCCUCUGGCGUAGAGGAAGGCAUUGGUUCCAAAUCAGUUGAUGCUGAACUUCAGGGUGCCCACGAGGCUUCAGAACACAUGAAAACACUCGGGGGACCUGCGCAGUCUGUGACAUCCGCCGCCAACAAUGCCCAAGCAGGUCUCACUGCUGCAGAUGAUUUCCAGACUAAUUACCUCCAACCCCUGAAAAAUUUUGACACUGUCAUUGAAAAGAUCGCAAAUGUACAUCCAUAUGCAAAGAUGGCGUUGGGCAUACUUUCUGCUGCAGCUAAAAUUGUUCUUGCUCAAGCGGAACGCGACGAAUCAGUGCAUCGCCUUCUCCAGAAAUUAAAUGAAGUUUAUGGCUUCGUUACCCAAGACGACAAUCUUUCCAAGGUUGAAUCGAUGCAUGAUGUCAUCGGAAAGAUCGCUCAGCAGACUCUCGAGUGUGCCCGUUUCAUCAGGGAUUACUCGGAGACGAAGAGCUUCUGGAAGAGAGUUGGUAAAAACGUCGUCGCAGAAACGGAUGAUAUCAUCGCACGGUACAACAACGCCCUGGAUGAACUUAUGCAACAAUUUCGGGAUCAAGCUCAUCGGGACGUAGCUAUAUUUGUCCAGUUUGCGGGUGAAACACUCGAUCUUGGCGGCAUGACUUAUGCUGCGGGUGCGGGACUAGAUACUGCGAAACAAUGUCUGCCAGGUACUCGCAUGGAGAUUCUCUCCCAGAUCACCGAGUGGAUCAACAGCAGCGGCGAUUCUGUUCCGCGUGUAAUGUGGCUAUCCGGCCCUGCAGGCAAGGGCAAAUCAGCCAUCGCGCACACGAUUGCCAACUGGUUUGAGGAAACGGGAGGCCUUGGUUCAUGUUUUUGUUUCGAUCGGCAUAGAGAAGCAGACCGUCGUCAUGAAAAGAUUUUCUCCACCAUCGCGCGCGAUCUUGCUGAUCGUGAUCCGGGAAUGAAACGAGCGUUAGCGGACGUAGUCAAGAAUGCACACUCACUCAAGAAUACGACGGACAUUAUCCAGCAGUGGCGCAAGCUUCUCAUGGAACCGCUAAAGAAGCUCUCUGCGUCAAGUGUGGGGCCCGUCUUGAUAGUGAUCGAAGCACUAGAUGAGAGUGGUGGAGUGGAGACACGGCGUAACCUCCUCCGCAUACUUGCCGGUAGACUUCAAGACAAAGGGCUUCCCCAAAUCAAUGAACUCCCUUCCAACUUUCGUAUUCUCGUCACCUCUCGCCCCCUUCAUGACAUCGAAAAGGAGUUUGAAGGUGUUAAUCAUAUUCUACCCUUGUCCAUGGACAAGAUUCCAGCAGAAGUAGCGGAGUCCGACAUCCAUGCUUUUGUAUCUGACAAGCUAAAAGAUCUGCCGCAUUUUGGGCGCCAAGAGUUUGCAGACCUCGCUGCGAAAGCUGAUGGACUUUUCGAGUGGGCACGUCUUGCAUGCGAAUACAUUACGGAAGAGCUUCCCGGCUUAUCCCCAACGGACUGUUUCAAUGCUGUCGUGAAUUGCAAUCCUGGGGAGCGGAAAAACUUGUUGUAUGAUAUGUAUCGACUCAUCUUAACAGAAAUCAUGCCAAAGGAUAAGUACACAACGGCUCAUUACGAGCAAACAGUAGCGAAGUUUCGUUCUGUGAUGGGACAAAUACUUGCCACAGCCGAACCCCUCCCUUUAGCUUCACUGAAUGCUAUGCGGCAGCAUUUCCCGGAGGACCACGACCUUUACGAAGUAGAUGUAGUGGUAAAGCGCAUGGGAUCCCUCCUCAGCGGCACUACCGACUCACAUACCCCCGUCCGACCCCUUCAUGCGACCUUUCAAGAAUAUCUCACGGACAAAUCAUCCAGCGGAGACUUCUUCGUCCAGAGAACGAAGGCGCAACAACGCAACCUUGCAUUCGCGUCACUGCGAGUGAUGAUGGCCCGAAAAGAUGGCCUUCGCUUCAACAUCUGUGAUUUGAAAUCGUCGUACCUCCCUAAUUCCCAGGAUACAGAACUGCCUCAACGAGUCAAAACAUUCAUUCUCCCACUUCUCUCCUAUUCCUGUCGAUAUUGGGCCACACAUGUUCAAAUAACAGACUUUGACGAUAAACUAGCAAAGGAAAUAAAAUUACUCUUCGACAAUGAGCGACUGAUGUUCUGGAUUGAAUCACUCGGACUUCUCAAUGCAAUCAGCGGUGCCGUUACUGUGCUUGCACUCGUUGCCAAGUGGCUGAAGGGUCAUUCUGGAUACGAAGAACUGCGGUCCAGCAUGAUGGAUGUACAAAGAUUCAUUCAAGUGUUUGGCGGCAUGAUUUUGCACAGCACGCCACAUCUGUAUGUAUCAGCGCUCCCAUUCUCGCCCGUCAACUCCAUCAUGGCUACCAAAUUUAUGAGAAGAUUUCCGAAUAACCUUCGUCUGGUAUCUGGCCUUGAUUUCAACUGGACAGUUGUUCAGGCCGUAAUCAAUGGGCACACUGGAAUAGUUUCGUCAGUCUCGUUCUUGCCGGAUGGUACUCGCAUCGCGUCAAGUUCAUCGGAUAAGACUGUGCGGUUGUGGGAUGCAGCGACGGGACAGCCAUUGGGUGAGCCCUUGGAGGGGCACACUGGAGGAGUUUGGUCAGUCUCGUUCUCGCCGGAUGGUACUCGCAUCGCGUCUGGUUCGGAAGAUGACACUGUGCGGCUGUGGGAUGCAGGGACGGGACGGCCUUUGGGUGGGCCCUUGGAGGGACACACUGGCGCAGUUUCGUCAGUCUCGUUCUCGCCGGAUGGUACUCGCAUUGCGUCUGGACGGCCAUUGGGUGAGCCCUUGCAGGGGCACACUGGAGCAGUUUUGUCAGUCUCGUUCUCGUCGGAUGGUACUCGCAUCGCGUCAAGUUCAUCGGAUAAGACUGUGCGGCUGUGGGAUGCAGGGACGGGACGGCCAUUGGGUGGGCCCUUGGAGGGGCACACUGGAGGAGUUUGGUCAGUCUCGUUCUCGCUGGAUGGUACUCGCAUUGCGUCUGGUUCUGAAGAUAAGACUGUGCGGCUGUGGGAUGCAGGGACGGGACGGCUAUUGGGUGGGUUCUUGGAGGGGCACACUGGAGGAGUUUGGUCAGUCUCGUUCUCGCCGGAUGGUACUCGCAUCGCAUCUGGUUCGGAAGAUAAGACUGUGCGGCUGUGGGAUAUAGUGACGGGACGGCCAUCUCCCGGGUCAAGUGAGCCAGGUUCCUCCGCGUCUCCACUGCGCCAAAGCAUCGCACCUUCCGCCCAAGAAAGCCGUAUCAUGUCAACCAACACUUGGAACGAUCGCCUCAUUUCCUUCUCAUCCAGCCAGGAACACGCUCUGCCCAACCCCGCUGACUUGCUCGAACCUGCCUCUCAUCAUGAUUCUAAUUCAACCCCUUUCUUGCUGCAGGCUGAUGGAUGGGUGAUGGGACCCAAUCAUCGGCUCCUUUUCUGGGUACCUCUCGCCUCCCGACAUGCAUUUUAUACUCCUUGGAUUUCAUUGGUGAUACCCAGAAGACAUCCUGAGCUUGAUUUGAGCCGCAUGGCACAUGGGACGCACUGGUCGAGUUGCCGAGAUGCCUCCACCUGA